AAGGCGGUAUCGCUGUUUUACCGACUGGACGAAUCCCCAUCCUCACCUUAUCGAGGAAGCAUCGACAUCGCGAUUGCUGGUGGUGCGACUGCGAGCGAGCAGCAACAGAGCGGAUGAAAGAACGAGAAUCAUUGUUGGAUGAACAGUGGUAUCGUGGUAGAGUUCGGGCACAGUUUCGGAAGGAUAAACUGGAAACUAGAGGAAGAACGAAGAACGGUAGAAGAGAGGCGCGGUGUGAGAGAGAGAGAGAGAAAGAGCGAGAGAGAAAGGGGGAGAGAGAGAGAGAGCGAGAGCGGGCGCGUGUGGCAAGGUCGGUGCGUGCGUGCGUGCGGUGAAGUUACGGGCUUUAUUAAAGUGCAGUCGGCCGGGUUGAAAAACAAUCGACGGACAUAAUACGGCGCCCCGUGAAGUCCGAUGUCUAGUGCUGAGGUGGUGGAAAGCUCCGUUGACCCCCCAGCUAAGAAGCGACGCGUUGCUGCCACCACGGGAGGAGCCGACGAUUCGACGACGAUUGCAGACAUGGCGAAAAACGGUUCGACGUCCCGAGCUUCCGCCGAAAUCGACGAAGGUUUAUACUCCAGGCAGCUUUAUGUUCUCGGCCAUGACGCCAUGCGUUGCAUGGCAUCCUCCGAUGUCUUAAUAUCCGGUCUCGGCGGACUCGGCGUCGAAAUCGCCAAGAACGUCAUCCUCGGCGGCGUUAAGUCUGUUACGUUGCACGAUGACGCGUUGUGCCAGAUUUCAGAUCUUGGUUCGCAGUUCUAUCUUACCGAAGCGGACAUAGGUAAAAAUCGUGCUGUUGCCUGCUGCCAACGCUUAUCUGAACUGAACAAUUAUGUCCCCACACGUCAUUAUUCAGGGCCUUUAACUGAUUCUUAUAUCAAAAAGUUCAAGGUUGUGGUUUUGACUGAAACUUCAUUGAAAGAACAAUUACGUAUCUCUGAGAUUACUCACGCGAAUGAUAUUGCGCUUAUCAUAGCAGACACCAGAGGCCUAUUUUCUCAAGUCUUUUGUGACUUUGGAGAAAAGUUUACAGUAGUUGACAUAAAUGGUGAACCACCUGUAAGUGCAAUGGUUGCCAGUAUUUCGCAAGAUUCCGAAGGUGUUGUUACUUGUUUAGAUGACACACGCCAUAGUAUGGAGGAUGGUGACUAUGUUACCUUCUCUGAAGUACAGGGUAUGACAGAACUGAAUGGUUGUGACCCGAUAAAGAUAAAAGUUCUUGGCCCAUAUACUUUCAGUAUUGGGGAUACAUCUAAGUACUCUGAAUAUAUUCGUGGUGGUAUAGUAACACAAGUAAAAAUGCCAAAGAUAUUACAGUUUGCUUCUCUGAAAGAUGCUUUGAAGACACCAAAGUUUCAAAUUACUGAUUUUGGAAAGUUUGAUUAUCCAGAACAAUUACAUUUGGCUUUCACUGUAUUGCAUAGUUACAUGGAAGAAAAUGAAAAAUUACCUAAACCAUGGAAUCAACAGGAUGCAGAUAAAUUCUUGAAUCUAGCUAAAACUGUAAAAGAGGAAGUGGGCAGUGAAAUUGAAAUAAAUACAGAACUGUUUGAAAUAUUUGCAAAAAUAUCCUCUGGAAAUUUAAAUCCAAUGAAUGCUACCAUCGGAGGAAUUGUAGCCCAAGAGGUGAUGAAAGCUUGUUCUGGAAAGUUCCAUCCUAUAUUCCAAUGGUUGUAUUUUGAUGCUAUUGAGUGCUUACCUGCAGAUCGUUCUGAACUUUCAGAAGAAGAUUGCCACCCUAUUGGGUCGCGUUAUGAUUCACAGAUUGCCGUUUUCGGCCGCAAAUUCCAAUCGAAGAUUGGGAGCUUGAAAUACUUUGUUGUUGGAGCUGGCGCUAUUGGAUGUGAAUUGCUCAAGAACUUUGCAAUGUUAGGUGUUGGUGCUGAGAAUGGUAGUGUGAUCGUCACUGAUAUGGAUUUGAUAGAAAAAUCUAACUUGAACAGACAAUUCUUGUUUAGACCGUCUGAUGUUCAACAGUCCAAAUCAUCAACAGCAGCUAGAGUCAUAAAGAGUAUGAAUCCAGAUAUGAAGGUGAUUGCCCAUGAAAACAGAGUGUGCCCCGAAACAGAAAAGAUAUAUAACGACGACUUUUUCGAGGUUUUAGACGGGGUUGCGAAUGCGUUGGAUAAUGUGAACGCCCGUAUUUACAUGGAUCGUCGUUGUGUAUAUUAUAGAAAACCUCUCUUGGAAUCUGGUACAUUAGGUACAAAGGGCAAUACUCAAGUUGUUGUUCCAUUCUUAACCGAAUCAUACAGCUCCUCCCAAGAUCCUCCAGAGAAAAGUAUACCAAUUUGUACACUAAAGAAUUUUCCCAAUGCUAUAGAACACACUUUGCAAUGGGCCAGAGACAAUUUCGAAGGUCUAUUUCGCCAAGCUGCGGAGAACGCCGCUCAAUAUAUAUCUGAUUCACAGUUUGUGGAGAGAACGUUAAAACUACCAGGAGUUCAGCCACUAGAAGUACUAGAAUCCGUUAAGACAGCCUUGAUUGAUGAAAGGCCAAAAACAUUUGCCGAUUGCGUCGCAUGGGCUCGUUGCCACUGGCAGGAACAGUAUAGCAAUCAGAUCAGACAACUUCUAUUCAACUUUCCUCCUGAUCAAGUAACGUCUAGCGGUCAGCCAUUUUGGUCUGGGCCAAAAAGAUGUCCUGAACCACUUACGUUUAAUGUUAAUGAUCCACUACAUUUAGAUUAUAUUGUAGCUGCUGCUAAUUUAAAGGCAAAAGUCUACGGUAUUCCUAUUAAUAGAAAUCGAGACGAAAUCGCUAGGAUUGUCAGCACUGUUGAAGUGCCGGAUUUCACGCCGAAAUCUGGAGUGAAAAUUGCGGAGACGGAUUCACAAGUACAGGUGUCCAAUGGUAGUGGAAAUAUCGAUCACGAAAGGCUCAGUCAAUUACAAGAAGAAUUACCAAGGGUUGAAGAUCUCAACGGUCUGGUAAUAUACCCACAAGAAUUCGAGAAAGAUGACGAUACCAACUUCCACAUAGACUUCAUCGUGGCAGCUUCAAAUCUCCGUGCUACUAACUACAAAAUUCCACCAGCUGACAGACACAAGAGUAAACUAAUUGCUGGUAAAAUAAUACCAGCUAUCGCCACUACUACUUCGGUAGUGGCAGGUUUAGUUUGCCUCGAGCUUAUUAAAUUGACUCGUGGUGUAAAGGAUUUGUCUGUUUAUAAGAAUGGUUUUGUCAACUUGGCUCUACCAUUCUUUGGUUUCUCGGAGCCUGUUGCUGCACCAAAACUGAAAUACUAUGACACAGAAUGGACGCUAUGGGACCGAUUCGAAGUGAAGGGAGAAUUAACACUGAAAGACUUCUUGGAUUACUUCAAAGAGCAUCACAAUCUGGAGGUCACCAUGCUCUCUCAAGGUGUUUGCAUGCUUUAUUCGUUCUUUAUGGCGAAACCCAAAUGCCAGGAACGUAUGGGCCUUUUGAUGUCUGAAGUGGUAAAGAAAGUAUCAAAGAAAAAAUUGGAAAGUCAUGUACGUGCGUUGGUAUUCGAACUCUGCUGUAACGAUACUGACGGCAAUGAUGUGGAAGUUCCAUAUGUUCGCUACACCUUGCCGUGAGAUACGUUGAUAUCGCCAGGAUAACGAGAGAUGUCUACUUAACUGACUUAGCCGUAGUAAUUUCCACAAAUUUCUAUUUUACAAUACAACACAGGAAAAUAUUACUCUUACUGUACGUAAGGUUCUUAAAGUUUAAAGAAAGAAAAAACAUUCGUUUUUAUUGUCGAUGCUUUGUAGCAUUUAUAAUAGCAAAGGAUCGUGGGAUCCAUGGAGUUCAUCUUAUUAUGAUCUCUCUUUUUACUAGAUUUCGAUUUCAGGGCUCGAACUAUUUGUUUUCGUUUUCAUUCGUCUACUCUUGUUAUUUUUAUCCAAAAUGAUUUAACAAUAAUUGUAAAAUUUGUUCUUAUUUCUUGUCUGAAGUAUAUCUUCAAAAAAAAAAAGAAAAAGAAAAA